AUGCGUCACACCCGGGUCUGGCCCGGCUUUAGCUCGGCUUUAGUCCUUUACACGGUCCACCCGGACACAUCAGCUCCGCUCCGCGGGCUCGGGCUGCUCGGGACGCGGCGGGAGGUCGCGGGUUUCUCGGCGUUUCAUGUCUGUGAGUCAGCGUUAGCCGUUAGCUUAGCUCCAUGGCGCUGCCCCCGGAGCGCGCGGCUCCUGUGGCCGGAGACCAGCCCCCUCAGCCCGGGGACAGACCCGCAGAGCCCGCGGACAGACCCUCCGUGCUCCUGGAUCGGCCUCCGCCGAGGCCUCUGCCCGGAGACAGACACUCACUCCCCGGAGACAGAGCUCCGCUGCCCCGGAGACAAACCACCUGUCCCCGGAGACAAACCACCUGUCCCCGGAGACAGACACUCUCUAGCCGUGGACAGACCUCCCCGGCCCGGGGACAGACCACCUCUGCCGUGGGACAGAGCUCCCCUGCCCGGGGACAGAGCUCCCCUGCCCGGGCCGCUGCGGUGUCUGCUCGCGGAGUCCGUGGAUGACGCGGAGGGGCUGUGCGUGGCCGUGGAGCGCUGUCCUCUCUGCGGGACGUCCCGGAGGAGACUCACCUGCGCCCGCUGCGUCCAGACCGGGGACUUUGUUCAUCUGAACGGCCGCGGGACAGAGAGAUACUCAGAGAAAGUGGAGCGUCUGAAGAAGCUGAGGGAGGAGAAGGACGUGCUGCUGCGGAGAGUGAUGGAGGCCAUGGACAAGAAGAUCCACGCAGAUGAGAGGAAGUGGAAGGUGAUGUCGUCCAGAGGAAGAAUCCAGCAGCUGAAGGAGGCGGUGACUCUGAGCAACCAACAACUCAAGAACGACGUGGAUCUUCUGUCCCGCUCUCACGAGGAGGUGCAGCGUCUCCAGAGAAGAGCCGGACGUCAUCAGGAAAAACGAGACAAGAUCGAGCGUCACAACAAACGUCUGAGCGACCUGAAGGACAAACGCUCCAAAGACCUGAGCUCACGACUCGAGCAGCUCAGUCAGGUCAGAAGAACCCACGUCCACGAGCUCACCAGCCACAUCUUCAGCCUGCAGGAGGACAAGAUCUCCAGCAGGGAGGAGGACUCUGCGGGGACGGUCAGUGAGUUGGCCGAGGCUCGGAGGACGACGUAUCUCUCUGGACGUUGGAUCUGGGACGAUCAGAACGGAGACACGUCCAUCAGCAUCACCUGUCCCUCAGUGCACCUGCCCAGCAACGGGGACUGCUCCGCCUACUACAGCCCCGGGACCGCCCCCCAGGCAGCAGGCCCCGCCCCCGCCGCCCCAGAGACAGAGUUGGAGCCGUUGAACCCGGUCCACACCAUCAGCGCGGCGCUCUGCUACACCACCCAGCUCACCACCAUCCUCUCCCACAUCCUGGACAUCACCCUGCCCAAGAAGCUCUGCCACAGUGAGUUCUGUGGAGAGAACCUGAGCAGAUACAGAUUCACCAGAGCCCUGAACAAACUCAACACCAACGUCCUGCACCUCUGCUUCUCCCAGUUGGUGGACAGUGAGAAGCUCCAUCCUCACCACACUCUGAGGAACCUCAUGUUCCUCGUGUCUCCUGCCAACCAGCACCUGGGCAGGACGGGGCCGUUCGAGGUGUACGGGGGUCUGGAGGAGUCCAUGGAGUUCCUGGAGCCGGAGGGAGGUCCUCUGGAGGAGAGCGGAGAAGAAACUGUCACAGACGAAGAAACUGACCUGGGAACAGACUGGGAGACUGUCCCCUCCCCCAGGUUCUGUGACAUCCCCUCACAGCCCAUGGAGUUGUCUCAAAGUGCUCUGCAGGUGUCUCAGCCGUCGACUCACACUGGGGGGAUGAUUUCAUCUGCAGCAGCGUCCGUCACCUCCUGGUUCAGAGCUUAUACAGGUCAACGCUAGAACUGGACCUGGACCUGGACCUGGACCAGGACCGGGACUACACAGGUCAACGCUAGACUUGGGUCGGGACUAAAACAGGGUCUGAACCAGGACUAAACCAGGACUACACAGUGCUAGACCAAGUCUAAACCCGAGACUGAUCCAGGGACUGAUCCAGGGACUGAUCCAGGACUAAACCAGGACUAAACCAGGACUAAACCAGGACUAAACCAGGACUAAACCAGGACUAAACCAGGACUAAACCAGGACUUGAUCACCAGCUCAGACUGUCUAUAUGAAAAGAACCCUGUAAAGUCCUGGUCCAGACCGUGGUCCUGGAUGGUCUGGGUCCUGGACUUGGACUUUGGACCAGGUGUGCGUGAUGUUCUCUCCUGCCCCUGGUGGACACUGGUGGAACUGUCCGAGCUUCAGUGUGAAACGUCUUUUCAUUUUAAAAGUGCCACAAAACUGUUUGUUUGUUUUUUGCUGCUGAAGACGAAGAGUUUAGGCCGAGUCGGAGCAACAGGUGAAAGUGAAAACUGACAAAACAAAACGAGCUUCACUCUGUUUUAUGUUUGAGAUUUGAGUGAAGAUCUGCCUCUGUUUUUCUUUGGUUUUUCUGUUGUUUUUUUGGUUUUGUUCGUUGGUGUUUGGACGAAGAUUCAACUCAUCAAACUGAUUCUGUUUCUGUGGAGUCACAACCUCAUGAAUCUACAAACACACAAAAACACACACACACACACACAAACACACAAAACA